AUGGACACAGAGACCAUGGACACAGAGACCAUGGACACAGAGACCAUGGACACAGAGACCAUGGACACAGACACCAUGGACACGGACACUAUGGACACAGAGACCAUGGACACAGAGACCAUGGACACGGACACUAUGGACACAGAGACCAUGGACACAGAGACCAUGGACACGGACACUAUGGACACAGAGACCAUGGACACAGAGACCAUGGACACAGAGACCAUGGACACAGAGACCAUGGACACGGACACUAUGGACACAGAGACCAUGGACACAGAGACCAUGGACACAGAGACCAUGGACACAGAGACCAUGGACACGGACACUAUGGACACAUAG